AUGUUCAAGGCCAUCAGCUCGGCGGUCUCGUCGGUCGUGCACAGUCGCGCGGCUAGCCCUAUGCAGCCCGACCACAACACUCCUGGGCGUUACAAGAAGUACUGUGGCAUCGCGGAUGCUCUGAAGGGCGAUGACGUCCCUGUCUCCUCUGCAGACUGCGCGGCCUGCAAAGCUCCUUGCGCACCUACUGAGGCCAACGGCGCCGGCACCAUCGCCGAGGCAGGAAACGCGUGGAGCGGCAAGACGUACGAGGAGUAUGUCGAUGACAAGUAUGGAGACCUGGGAACGUUACCGCCCGCGAUCGACACCGAUUGGGACUCGGAUCUCGCCGGAUCGGGUGGCCCCAACGUUGCUCGUGUUGUUGUCAUCUCGACGGGAAAGAGCAACUGGGACGAGGAAGAUGGUCUCGCUUAUCAGAUAAACAAAUACAUGGAAACGUUACCGACUUCCAAGGGCGCCAAGUCUAAGGAUGGUAACCCCCUGAAGCCCUCGACCUACAUCAAACCAUCCGAGUUCCCGCCGCCGUCCAAGCCUCUGACCGAACCGAUUAAGACCCAGCCUGCGCUGUACUCCUCGUCUCUCGUGUCACAAUCUGACAAUUGCAAGGACCAGACCGUGCUCGUCUUCCCUGACUGGAAGGUUGUCAGUGACGUCGAAAACUCGCGGGCGGGGGCCAAAGCUCUGUACGACACCGAGCUCGGCAGCACCGUUGGACGAGCGGGCUUGACGCUCAGCAGCGGCGGGGGUGGUGACGGAGUCUUCCGCAAGAGGUCGCACGUCAUGCCGUACCGCGCCAUCGUUCUUCUUUGCUCGCACAAGACGCGUGACAAGCGCUGUGGUAUUGCCGCGCCUAUUCUGCGUUCCGCCCUGAUCACCUGCCUGGAGAAGAAUGGGGUCUCGGUUGAUGAGUCAGGAGCUUCGCUCGCUAUGCCAGAAGGACCUGCGCUCGAGGAGCUUGACGGCACAGACGCCGAACGUGAGGCUGCUGUCGGCAAGGCUAUCUCGCAGAUCGAGGGUGUGAAGGGAGGCAAGGGCGGCCAGGUGGGAAUUUUCAACAUCAACCACCUCGGAGGUCACCGGUACGCCGGCGUCAUGCUUCGCUCUGGCCCAGCGCACAGAUCCAGACCUGGGUUCUCCACUCGAUACCCCUCAUCCAUGCCAGUUGCGGACCACGAUCCUCCCUCGUCCCCACUCUCGCGACCCGUGAAACUUGCCAAGAUGGAAGACUCCAUUGACAUAUCCGAGGCGACUACUGCACUAGCAGCUCCCUCCUCGGUGACGUCCUCUCGCACGACCCCCGUGCCUUCGCGCGUCGCUACGACAGACAGCUGCGUCUUUGGGCUUCAGCUGGUCAACGAUCCCUCGAGUCCGCGCGCAUUCUUUUGGUCGGACACGACGCCUCGGCCUGCCAAACACUCAAAAACCUCGUUCUCCCUGCACUUCACCAUUCUUUCCGACGCCACGACGACCGCUGCUGAUGUUGGCACAAACUUCUUCCUAGAGCCCUCGUCCAUCGGAAAGCCAAUUGCGCAGGAGGAAGUUCGCCACCUCUGCGAGCUCAAUCCCGCUGUGACUGGAGAGGCCAAAGUCGCUUCUGAUCCGAGCUUCUUCACUUCCAACACCUUGGUCAUCACCUCCAACGUGUCCCCGCAAGUGGAGGAUGCUAUUGCAGAGCUCCUUUGGAACAUGGUUGAUUCCCAUCCGGACACUACCCACACACUGCGCAUCGACCAACCCUUCCCUUCCCUGCUGGCGUACUCUCGUGACCUCAAUUUCGAUGGCAUGGACUCGAUGGAGCACUCUCACGUCCCUUGGGUUGUGCUGCUUGUCCGAGCGGCAACUGUGUGGAGGGAAUCUCUGCCCAGCUCGAAGGAGGAGAAGGAUGAGUUCAAGAAGCUCAUUCAGAGCUGGCGCCGCAAAGGUGAUGAGGAGAACUUUGACGAGGCACUCGCUCAGGCGUAUCGCGUUUGGACACCAUCUGUGGUGCCGUACGACGUUGCUGAGCUCCUCAAGGAUCCAGCCACUGUCAAUAUCUCGAGCAACAACCUCCACCUCCUGCUCCACACGCUGAGCAAGUUCCUCGAGACUGCUCCCCAUCUGCCUCCGGUGGCCCCUACCCUACCCGACAUGCACUCGUCGACCAAGUCCUACGUCACUGUGCAGAAUCUGUACAAGCAGCAGCACCUGCACGAUCUCGCACGCUUCUCCGAGCUGCUUGGAAGCGUUUUGGAGAGCAUCGGCCUUCCUGAUGACGCUAUUCCCUCCACCGAGGUAGAGUCUUUCGUCAAGAACGUUGGGGGAGUGGCCAUCAUCAAGGGCACACCCCUCAAGGAGGCCAAGACGUACGAAGGGGCCAUGAAGGAGCUCAUCAACUUUGGGCCUGAUUCCGAGCCGAAGAUGAGUAUCUGCAUCAUUCUUGCCAUCCUUGCUAGUGAAGAGUUUUACAAGCUCUUCGGAAGGUGGCCUGGGCAGGAGAAGGGCGAUCCAGCGCCGGAUGUCGCCGAGGUCGAGCGUGUCGCAACCAAGGCGAUCGGCACAGUGCACUGCAAUGCCGAAGAAAUUCAUGAGCCUCUUUACCAGGCCAUCGAGGAAGUACUUGUCAUCAAAAUAUUCGCGACGCUCUCUCUCCGACGCGCCGCUCUUCUCUAUAAUCACCUCUCUUCCGUGCUCUGCACCAAAACCGUCUCUCAGACCCGGUUCCUCCAGACAUCUUCAGUAACUCUCGCCAAAAAGCAACAACAAAAGUCCAAGAUGUCUGCUCCCGCCAAGGCCGACGCCGCGGCUACUCAGCCCGUCGUCACUAUGGAGAAGACGGACAAGCGCGACUACCUCAUCGCUCUCGAGAAGGCCGCGCAGGACGCUUGGGCUCAGGACAAGCUCUUCGAGACUGAGCCCGCUCCUCUCCCCGAGGGUGUCAGCACGUACGCCGACUUCUUCGAGAAGGGCCUCUCUAUGGAGGAGGUGCACGAGAAGCACCCCAAGUGGUUCGGCACCUUCCCCUACGCGUACAUGAACGGUUCGCUCCACCUUGGCCACGCCUUCACCAUUUCCAAGAUCGAGUUCGCCGCUGGAUUUGAGCGCAUGCGUGGAAAGCGUGUCCUGUUCCCCGUCGGAUACCACGCCACCGGAAUGCCCAUCAAAACUUCCGCCGACAAGCUCAUUCGCGAGAUGGAGAUGUUUGGCGAGGACUUCUCCGGAAACGUUGCCCCGGAGGAGCCCAAGGAGGAGAAGGAGGCUGCCAAGUCCAACGACCCCUCGAAGGCUAAGAAGGGAAAGCUGAACGCCAAGUCGACUGGCCUCACCUACCAGUACCAGAUUCUCGAGCUCAUCGGCGUUCCCCGUGAGGAGAUCAAGCAGUUCGCUGACCCGAUCCACUGGCUCGAGUACUUCCCCCCUAUCGCUAAGGAGGACCUUACCGGCCUCGGUGCCCGUGUCGACUGGCGCAGGCAGUUCCUCACCACCCCCGCCAACCCCUACUACGACGCCUUUGUCAGGUGGCAGAUGAACAAGCUCCACGACCAGGGCCGUAUCAAGUUCGGCAAGCGUUACACCAUCUACUCGCCCAAGGACGGACAGCCCUGCAUGGACCACGACCGACAGAGCGGAGAGGCCGUUAACCCUCAGGAGUACACUGGCGUUAAGAUGAAGGUCCUCGAGUGGGGCCCUUCGGUCACUGAUGAGGUCAAGAAGGCCACCGAGGGCAAGAACGUCUACAUGGUUGCCGCCACUCUCCGUCCCGAGACGAUGUACGGCCAGACCAACUGUUUCGUCGGCCCCACCCUCCAGUACGGCAUCUACGAGGCCAACGACAACGACCUCUUCCUCAUCACCGAGCGUGCUGCCCGCAACAUGGCCUUCCAGGGCUGCUUCGACGGCCGCCCCGAGGGUGUCUUCAAGAAGGUCGCCGACAUCAAGGGUGACUCGAUUGUCGGCACCAAGGUCAAUCCGCCCUUCGGUAUCGUUCCCGAGGUCUACGUUCUCCCCAUGGAGGGUGUCCUCGCCACCAAGGGUACCGGUGUUGUCACCUCGGUCCCCUCCGACUCGCCCGACGACUACCGUACCCUCAUGGACCUGCGCAAGAAGCCGGAGAUGUACAAGAUCCAGCCCGAGUGGGCCGGCGUCGACCCCAUCCCCGUCAUCUCUACUCCCAAGUACGGUGACAUGACCGCUGAGAAGCUCUGCACCGAGCUCAAGAUCCAGUCGCAGCGUGACACCAAGCAGCUCGCCGAGGCCAAGGAGAUUGCCUACAAGGAGGGCUUCUACAACGGAACCAUGUCCGUUGGUGACUUCAAGGGCGAGAAGGUCGAGGACGCCAAGCCCAAGGUCCGUGAGCAGAUCAUCAAGGCUGGUCUCGGUUUCCCCUACGCCGAGCCCGAGUCCGAGGUCAUCUCGCGUUCCGCCGACGUCUGUGUUGUCGCUCUUGUCGACCAGUGGUACCUCGACUACGGAGAGGCCGAGUGGCGCGCCACCGCUGAGCGUCUCCUCAAGCAGAUGAACACUUACGUUCCCGAGACCCGCAACAACUUCGAGGCCGUUCUCGCUUGGCUCAACCAGUGGGCGUGCGCUCGUUCGUACGGCCUUGGUUCCAAGCUCCCUUGGGACCCCCAGUUCCUCGUUGAGUCGCUCUCCGACUCGACCAUCUACAUGUCGUACUACACUGUCGCCAACCUCCUCCACGAGGACAUGUGGGGCAAGACCGGCAAGCUCGGCAUCAAGCCCGAGGACAUGACCGACGCCAUGUGGGAGUACGUUCUCUGCGACGGCCCCUUCCCUGCCGACUCCAAGGUCGACAAGGAGAUUGCCGCCCAGCUCAAGUACUCGUUCCAGUACUUCUACCCCCUCGACAUUCGUUCGUCUGGAAAGGACCUGAUCCCGAACCACCUGACCUUCUGGAUCUACGUCCACGCCGCUGUCUUCCCCGAGAAGCACUGGCCCCGCUCGGUCCGCUGCAACGGACACCUCAUGCUCAACGGCAAGAAGAUGUCCAAGUCGACCGGAAACUUCCUUACCAUGCGCGAGGCUACCAAGAAGUUCGGUGCCGACGCCGUCCGUCUCACCCUCGCCGACGCCGGAGACGACAUCACCGAUGCCAACUUCGAGGAGACUGUCGCCAACGCUGCCAUUCUCCGUCUCCACACCGCCUGCCAGUGGGCUGAGGAGAUGAAGAAGGAUGCCGGCCAGCUCCGCACCGGCGAGUACAACGAGUUUGAUCGCCUGUUCCAGGCCGAGAUGGACUCGCUCAUCGAGAACGCCUACAAGGCGUACGACAACAUGGACUUCAAGGAGGCGCUCAAGCUUGGUCUCUACGACUUUGAGGCCGCCCGUAACUGGUACCGUCUCCAGUGCCUGCCCGAGAACGGCGGCGAGGGCAUGCACAAGGACCUCGUCUUCUCGUGGAUCCGCAACAACGCCCUCCUCAUGACCCCCUUCACCCCCCACUUCUCCGACUUCAUCUGGCACCAGAUCCUCGGCGAGAAGGGCUCUGUCCAGAACGCCGCGUUCCCCAAGCCCUCUGCCCCCGUCGACCACGUCCAGCUCGAGCAGAUCAACUACAUGCGCGGUGUCGUCGACAACCUCCGCCAGGCCGAGCAGGUCCUCACGAGGCGCAAGGGCAAGAAGGGACCUGUUGUCAACUACGACGCGUCCAAGCCCAAGGCUGCUCGCAUCUACGUCGCGACUGAGUUCCCCGACUGGCAGAACAAGUGUGUCGAGACUGUGCAGGCCGCCUACGACGAGUCGACCGGCACCGUCGAUGACGCCAAGAUGCGCCAGCUGCUCGCCGACGCCGGCCUCGCCAAGGACAAGAAGGCCAUGCCCUUCGUCCAGGCCUUCAAGAAGAAGGUCCUCGCCCAGGGCAAGCGCGCCUUUGGCCGCUCGCUGCCCUUCUCCGAGCUCGACGCCAUCAAGCUCCUCAUCCCGUACAUCAAGGUCAACCUGAAGUUUGCCGAGGUCGACGCCGUGUCCGUCAACGACGCCAAGGCCAAGAUCGCCGCCGAGGGCGAGAAGGACGGCUGGUCGCUGGAGCGUGCCGAGGCCUCGGAGCCCGGCAACCCGUCGGUGCAGUUCUGGAACAUUGAGGCUUAA